AUGUCGAGCGAUCGCCGUAACCGCCUAUUCCGGGUCCGUAAGACGAUCCAUAAGAUGCUCGCGGCGCGUGGGUACCUGGUGAGCGCUCGGGAGCUCGAGCGCGACGCGGAUUCGUUCGCGGAGGAGUUCGGGGAGGAGCCAAAGCGGGACUCGCUCACGAUCCUGGCGCCGAGAAAAGACGACCCGAGCGAGAACAUCUUCGUCUUCUUCCCGGAUGAAGAGAAGGUAGGCGUGAAGACGAUUAAGGAUUUGGCGAAGCGAAUGAAGGAGGAGAACGUGUUCCGGGCGAUCAUCGUUGUGCAGGCGUCGCUGACGCCGUUUGCGAAGCAAUCGCUGCUAGAGUGCCAGACUCAAAAGUUUUACAUCGAGCAGUUCCAGGAGACGGAGCUCUUGGUGAACAUCGUCGAUCACGUGUUGGUGCCGGAACACAUUUUAUUGUCCGAUGAACAGAAGAGGACGCUGUUGGAGCGUUACAAGGUGAAGGACACGCAGUUGCCGCGUAUCCAGAUGCACGAUCCGAUUGCGCGGUACUACGGCAUGCGGCGGGGGCAAGUCGUUCGCAUCAUCAGGCCUAGCGAAACCGCGGGGCGGUACGUUACGUACAGAUUGUGCGUCUAG